GUGGAAUAAGUCAGGCCACUCACACACUGCAGCAGAAAUUGUGGAAGAUAAUUGUAGUCUUCAGCUCAUCCGACCCAACAAGACACGAUGGAACUCAACAUACAUGGCUGUGGAGAGAAUCAUUCAGAUCAUACAAGAACAAGGGGAAGAUGCCAUCAGGAGUGUUUGUGAAGAAUUCAAACUAAAAAUGUUUAGUCAAGCAGAAAUUGCUUUCCUGAGAGAGUUUUGCUCUGUGAUGAGACCAGUGGUAAAGGCCUUAAACAUUCUUCAGUCCAAGACCAACACACACUUGGGGUGGCUGCUCCCAGUGAUCUUUGAAUUACAGUCAAAACUGAGAAGGCAGGAAGAGUCCACCAAGAUGUGUCUGCCACUCAUCAGAGCAAUUCAGCAAGGUGUCCAAAAGCGUUUUGGAGUGAUGAUGGAGGACCCUGAACUGAUCUCUGCAGCAAUCCUUCUACCAAAAUUUAAGACUGGCUGGACUGAGAAAGCUGAUCCCAUAGAAGAAGGUCUACUCUAUGUCAGACAUCACCUCGACCAAAUGGCUGAGACAGAGAUGAAACAGGGACAAGGACCAGGACAACAUUCAUCUGAUGAAGAGGAUUUCUUCGCCUCCAUGAAGACCAGAAGGUCAGAGGGGAGAGGGGAGUUAGAGGGCUACCUUGCCUGUGUUUCAGAGAGCAUCGACCUUCUUAACUCCUUUCCAAAAAUAAAAAAACUUUCCCUGAAACUCAACACAGGCCUUCCGGCCUCAGCUGCCUGUGAGCGCCUAUUCAGCUCGGCUGGUUUAUUGUUUACUGCAAAGACAGCAUGGAUUAGUGCAACAAACUUUGAGAAUCAGCUCCUGCUGAAACUCAACAAGAGCUUUUCGGUUUAAUGUUUUAGUAUUCAGUGGGCAGAGUGGGCAGGGCACUUUAUUUUAUUUCCUUUAUCAGCAGUCAGUGUGUUCAUUUUUC